UCAGCAGGAACCAUGAUCAGCGAUGGGGAAAUUCAGGCGAGAGGCGGAGGAAGGCGUCCCUGCUCUUACGGAAGCCCGUGGACAGCGAACGCGAUCCGGAAUCGGAGAGAGAGGUGCGCGUGGAACUCCAAGGAUCGGACUUGUGGAACCGAUUCCAUGAGAUUGGCACAGAAAUGAUAAUCACUAAAGCUGGCAGGAGAAUGUUUCCAUCGGUUCGAGUAAAAGUAAGAAACUUGGACCCGUUCAAACAAUAUUACAUCGCCAUGGACAUCAUGCCCGUGGACUCCAAGAGAUACAGGUACGUGUAUCACAGCUCCCAGUGGAUGGUGGCGGGAAACACAGAUCACUCGUGCAUAGCGCCUCGGCUAUAUGUUCACCCAGACUCGCCGUGCUCGGGAGAGACGUGGAUGCGUCAGGUCAUCAGCUUUGACCGUGUCAAACUCACCAACAAUGAGAUGGACGACAAAGGCCAUAUAAUCCUGCAGUCCAUGCACAGGUACAAACCACGCGUCCAUGUCAUUGAGCACGACCCCCGAUUGGACCUUGCUCAGAUCCCGUCUCUCCCGGCUGAGGGCGUGCAUACGUUUUCCUUCUCCGAGACCCAGUUCACCACAGUGACGGCGUACCAGAACCAACAGAUAACCAAGCUGAAGAUUGACAGAAACCCUUUCGCCAAAGGUUUCAGAGACCCGGGGAGAAACAGAGGAGUUCUGGAUGGGAUCCUGGAGUCGUAUCCAUGGAGAAAUCCAAUCAGUCUGGACUUCAAGCCCUUUGCGCUGGAGCUGCAAGAUGGCGGUUCUGGGUCCCCAGGUGGCUGUGUGGGCCUCUCGCCCCUGAAAAGCCUCCUGCCCCCGUCCACCUGCCCCACCUCCUCCGGCCCCUUCGCCCUGUCCUGCGCCUCCGACUCGGCUCUCCACGGCCUCUCCGUCCCGCUCUGCUACAAGAUCUCCCCCGCCACCAGCCUCCUCGCCGCGCGCGCCUACAACUCCCAUGGUGCCGAGGGCUUGCGGGGCUACCAAGGGCUGCUGCGGCCCCUGGCCGCGGCCGACUUCCCCCUGCUGUCCGCCCUGCACAGCAAGAAGGUGGCCAGCUGCAGGGGUCAGUGUUUGCAGGGGCCGCCCGGGGCCCCGUCCGGCUGCUUCCUCCACCUGACGGGGCUGCGAGGGUCAGGGGUCAACUCAGCGCAUCACGACCCCCUCCCGUCAGCGCUCGCCUCGCCGUACGGCCUGUACGGCUGCGGUCUGCCCGCGACGCCACAGCUGUCUUCGCUGGCGCGGCAGCACGCCAAGCUGGCCAGCGGCGGAGGCGCUGUCGCCGCCGCCGCGUCGGCGACACAAACUGAGAGCCUCCUGCGCCAGGCGGCGUUGUGGCACCCGGCCAUGAACCACUGCCUCUGA